AUGACGCAGGAAACGGACAGACCGAUGGCGGCGGUGGCCAGGUCUUUUCAGUCAAUUAACCUAGAUAGCAAAUCGGAACAAGAGUACCAAGAAACUUUCAAAAGAUUAACUAGCAGCUUAGAAACCCGAGUGCGCCGACAUGCAUGGCGGAAAAUGAACGACAUUCGCAUAAGAUAUGACCCUUCCAGGGGGUUGGAACAGCCUAUCCUGUUGGCGUUGAGAGGAAAUCUUCAGUCGUUAUCACUUGCUCUGAACGGAUCGGACUUGCAAUCAAGUCAUGCCAAAUCCUGGUACGAUCAAAUUUUCAACCACUUGAGAGAAAUGGAUGACCUCUUGGAACAACUGGACAUUUCGAUCAUAUCGAGAUGGAGGGGGUACACGCCCAACCAAGGAUACCCAAUCUACGUCGAUCAUGUUUCAUUCAGAGUCGAGAAAAUUUCAGGCCAUGUCGGAGAUCUGCUCGUGUGCGAACUUCGUCAAUUAUUUGAGGCGUGCCAAAGCUUUUUCGAUCCUCUUGACAAUCCUCCAAGCCCGUCGACCGAAUUCCCAUCGGCCACCAUCCCAAGAAACCUCGUCUACCAACUCACAGCUGCAUCAAUACGGAAGAUUGACGCUGUAAUUGAAUCGAUUCAAAAACCCUUGUUGGGGCUGGCAAAGGAAGAAUGGCAUGAUGUAGUCAAUCAGAUCAAUUCUUCCUUCACGUGGAGCGGAAAACAGGUGGUAUACCAGUUUCAGUCCAGCUGUCCCCACAGAACCACAGAGUACCAUAGACGGACUGCCAAGUUUUUUCAAGCGGCGACGCCAAUCAUCAAGCUAUGUCGUACAUAUUUCAACAGACUUCUGCGAUCGGCAAACAUUCAAUCAUUGAUUUUUAUUACGUCAUCGAUGGAGAUGGGAGAGGAUCGAUUGACAGAGCUGAUCAAACAUGCCAAGCAGACUGGAAACCAGAUACACGCUUUGGUCAAGGGGAUCUAUCGGUUACGCGACCCCAGCCUUCGACACGAGAUAUUUGCUCUUAGAAGUUCCUUUGGCGACCUCAUAUCGCCGAUUCUGGAGAACUAUUGGGACUCGUUGUCAGCAACUCAAGAUCCAAGGGUUGAUCGACAAGCAAUUGCUGGCGCUCGGCAGUGGCUCGAAACUUGGAACUCACUGUUUUCUCUUGCGACUCAAAACUGCAUCGAUGUCAUGGCUCGUGAUGACAUGCAACUCUCGCGUGAUGUGCACAGGCACUGA